GAAAGAUAGUUGGCAAACGGCAAAGUGCAUGAUCAACAGCAGAGUACAAAAAAAGCGAAAUAUGCCUCCCGGAAGAUGGUUCGAUGGAAUCGAACUAGAAGAAUUAUCGCCAGAGAGAGGCGGUUACAUAUUUGCAAAGGAGAAAGUUCAAAGUACAAUAAACCACGACAAGGUUGAGAGUUUUGAUAUUGAAAAUGUAUACAGAAUUAAGAACAAGUACACUUGGAAUCGGUAUAAAGAGAGGAGGAAGGAAAUCAGCCAAGAACUAGGGGGUGCGUGGGUCACAGAAAUGCGCCUCUUUCACGGCUCACCCCACGCAAAGAAAAUCGCUACUGAAGGAUUUGACAGAGGAUUCGCCAAAAAAUCGGGAAUGUUCGGAGACGGCGUCUAUUUUGCGGAACAUUCAUCCAAAAGCAACAACUACGCUUUCGGUGCCUUCAAGAAAUGUGAAAAACACGACGAAUUGCAUUGCGAGAUUUGCAUUAGACGAAUUUUGAUUUGCAAAGUCGCUCUCGGAAGAAUGUAUGAGACGAAUAGGACUGUGAAAUCUCUUCCUGAAGGAUAUCAUUCAGUCAAAGCCAUACCAGAUACUGGUUUUCUGUUGCGUCCCGAGUACAUAAUUUACAAUGACGAUCAGGUAUAUCCUAGCUUUUUGGUAGAGUAUACUGCCAAGUAUAGUUCAAAAGGGAUCAAUAAUACAAGUGGCUCAUCUCGUAGAGGAAUAAUGCAGACAAUGAAGCAAAGCAAUCCAAUCAAACAAGUCAACCAACAAAGAAACUCGAAUAUGGAUAUGAAUAAGAGCAUAACCUUAAUAUUCGUUACAACAGUAUUGGUUUCUAAUUUGAUUCCUUUGAUUUAUGAAUUUUAUGAUAUUGGUACAAUCUCUUUACAGGCGGUUUACUCAAAUUUUUCACUUUUAGAUCAGUUAGCAUUUAUCUAUAUUCUUAUUGCAAUCUGUACUCGUUAUUUUGUUUGA